AUGUUGAAUCUAUGUGAGUUUGAGCUGCAAAGGAUAAAAGAAAGUGAAACCAUAAAGGAGUACUCUGACAGACUUCUUAAUUUAGCAAAUCGCAUCAGAUUGUUGGAUUCCACUUUCAAUGAUACAACGAUCAUUGAGAAAAUCCUAGUAACGACACCUGAAAGAUUUGAGGCUACCAUAACAACCUUAGAAAAUAUUAAGGACUUGUCCAAGAUCACACUUGUAGAGCUCUUAAGUUCUUUUCAAUCACAAGAGCACCGGCAUGUUAUGAGACAAGAAGGAGCUGUCGAAGGUGCCUUAUCGGACAAGCAUCACGAUGAUGGAUGUUCUAAUAAGAAGAAAAAGAAUAAAAAGUACCAACCAACUUAA